UCAGCAGACGAACACGCGGAGGAAUUUCUUUUUUCCCCCUUGAUUAAAGCAGUGAGCCGCAAUCCUGGUUAAUUUAAUUAAAUUAAUUAUUAACAAUGGUUAGAUAUUCGCGUGAAACUGCAUUUGCACCAGCAAAAUCAUGCAAAGCCCGUGGUUCAAAUUUAAGAGUUCACUUCAAGAACACCCAUGAGACUGCUCGUGCAAUUAAAAACAUGACACUCAAACGUGCUCAAAGGUACUUGAAGGCUGUCAUUGAAUUCAAAGAAUGUGUUCCAUUCCGUAGAUUCAAUGGUGGUGUUGGACGAUGUGCUCAAGCUAAACAAUUUGGCACAACUCAAGGUCGUUGGCCAAAGAAAUCAGCUGAAUUCUUGCUUGACAUUUUGAGAAAUGCUGAAUCAAACGCAGACCUCAAAGGUCUUGAAAAUGAUCGUCUUGUCAUUGAACACAUCCAGGUCAAUGCUGCUCCAUGUCUUCGUAGAAGAACUUACCGUGCUCACGGAAGAAUCAACCCUUACAUGAGCAGCCCAUGCCACAUUGAAGUCAUCUUGACUGAAAAAGAGGAUGUUGUUGCCAAAGUAGCUGAAGAAAAACCAACCCAAAAGAAGUUGAGCAAAAAGAAGCUUGCCCAUCAAAAACAAAAAAUGAUGAGAGAAUCAUAGAGUGUUGCAUUUUUAAAAAAAAUAAUUUGUAAUACAUACUAAAUAAAAAAAUGAAAGCUGAU